UUGUGUUUCGAUGCUCAAAGCGGGCAGAUACAAGUUUGGAUGCUUAGCAAUCAAAACGCACUCCAACAUUUUUGUAAAUUUUAAUAAAUUGGUAUAUAUGUAUGUAUGUACAUACACUUGUGUGAGUAUGUCGCCGGUUUUUAACCAAAUGAGAACUGCAAAUAUGUUGCGAAAUGACUCAAACAAGUAUAAAAUGGCGUGCGAAAUGUGAACAUAUGUAUAUACAUACAGAGUAUAUACAUAUCAGAGUACAUAUACAUAUAUGUAUAUAUUCAUACUUGGAGAUGCUAUGCUGCGGUGAACGUACGCAUGCAUAAGUUUGGCCAUAGAAGUAUAUUUGCGUAUGUCUAUAAGCAAUUUGAAGAUGCAAAUAGAAUUGUUUCGUUCUCAGGAGUCUCCGCCAGUUUCUGUCGUAUCAAAAGCCACAACCACCAACAUUGACUUCGUCGAAAUCAUUGCUUAGCUCGGCACUACAUAAGCCAUUGGUGGGUUGACUGGUUGUCUCUCUCAUCCUUACAAACUGUCAAGUAUGCAGCGUUUCUAAUAGAUAAUUUUGAACUUACCUUUUUGCAUUUCCAUACGUACUUAUCUAAAUUUCCAUAUAAGAUAUCGCGAUUAAUUAGGAAAAAAAAAAACUAAAAACCAAAAAUUAAUUCAGAAUGUACAUAUGUAGCUGUUUGGAAACCGAACUGACGCAAGUAUAGUUACUUUGGUUGUAUAUUGUACAUUGAUGUCAUUUUAUAAUUAAAACAAACAAAAAGAUCAAAAAUUUGAAAUGCUAUAAAAUAAGUAUCAAGAUCAACAAGAUGGCAACAUUACCUGAAGAAUCGUGUCAAGCAGGUGAUCCUCUUGACACAUUGGAGAUGAAACCAACAAUGGCACAGGUACAGGCAAAACCAUCUGUGAUGCUCCCCGAUGCAAAGUCCAAGCACGCAGAUCUAGAUUUAUUGGAUACGUCAUCGCCGCACGGGGAACAUCUCCAAAACGAUCAACGACAGCGGUCGCAGGAUCCCAUCUAUAUAGACGACAUACCUGAGCCUAUUAAAGUACUUGACGAUAUUAUAUCGGAGUUCGAUGAGGCAACUACAAAACCGGUUACCUUGCAUAGCAAUAGUGGGGAGAAUCAGUCAGAGGACGACGGUUAUAUGAGUCUCAGUCGAAAAAACAUGUCAAAAAAAAAUUCAGAGGAUGUGCCACAAACUCCAAGCACAGAUACAGUGCCCGAGGGCAGUUUCAACGAAGUUGACAGCACAAUUGAAAAUAUAAGUAAAUUAUCAGAGUCAUCGAAAAGUCGGGAAUCCACGCCUAGACUUAUACAAACAACGCUGCCCAAGGUGCGUAGUUCUAACUCAACGCCAGCAACCAACUCCAAGUACUCAAGUCUGCCCUGCUGCAAUGCUAAAACAUCAAAUUUUAACAUCAGUUUGUCAAAAAAUUCUUCAAGAUUAUUAGCCUCCAUUCAGGUAGGCGGCUGUAAUGCGGAGAGGAAUGCUCUCGGCAUUGACAUCAGUGCCGUACAUAACGCUGUGCUACGAGGCAACCUAGCUAAAUUGCCGGAGCCGAUUUUAAACGAGCAUCCGGUGACUAUUUACCCAGGGCCAUCUGCGAAAGCCAGUGGUGAAAGCGCACGCGGCCAUAGGCUACUAAUCUCUGUUGAGAGACAAAAAGUUUGUCAUAUACCAAACCCACAUUCUACAUCAACUUCCGGGUCUCAGCACACUUCAAGUGGAGAGGCCUCUCCAGCUUCAUCGAAUAAUAAUAUGGCUACCUCAAAAUAUGAACAAGUCCAGGACGACUAUUCUGAAGACUCACUGGAGGAGUCCACAAUUUCUACAGAAAUAAUACCGGCCAAACAAAAUGGUGUCGCUUGGGAAAUUCAAUUUAAAAGCAAUAAGAAAAGUACAUCGAAAAAGUUGGGCCAUAAGAACGAUUUCAGAUUUUCCCCUAUAAAUUUUUAUAUUUACAUUUCCAAACAAAACUUGUAUUUAUUUCCAAAGGAGAACCUCCAACCCGAUUUUAAAAAUUUGUUCAACCCCAAUGAGAGUAUGUUAGGAAAGGGUACCUUUGUCAUUCGCCGAUCUAUUGCCAAAAAGUCCUCUCAUUCCGCUGAUAUUUUUAUUAUGCCAAAGUCGCCACGCCCAUCUCAGAGCGCAGGAGCAAUCAGUAACGAGUUUUACAAUAGUGACAGUGAGCCAAGCGAAUCUGCUUUAUUGCCACCGGUGCAAACACCUUGCGAUACAAGCUUCAUGUAUAAAGAGUGCAAUACAACUACGUCACAUAAUCGACGUUGUAUAGAAAUUCCCGUAACACACCGGGCAGCACUAUCCCUGGAUAUUGCUACAGAGGCUACAGAACAUUUGAGCAACAAGCCCAUGAAGAGUAAAACGGCAAUGCUUACCGAAAAAAGGCUCAGCGCCGAGUCAAUGCCGGACCACACCCCAAGUAGUGGAGAGUUCGAUGAGGAACGUCUUAAUGGCUUUGAUUUAUUCACCUACAAUGUCGACGAUCAACGUAUCUCGAACGCGACAACUCCUCACACAGACCUUGCGCCUACUUUAGAGGAGGACGAAGAGCUAUCAGACUUUAGCUAUGGUUGCGCUCCGCUAAAGCAGAUCGAGCAAAACAUAAGCGCUCUCCUGCGCGGCGAUUUACCAAUAAUAAGUCAGAGUGGACCUAUAAAUGGAACAGCUGCACAGUCGGAUGCCAAACGACUACUAGAAUUUCGCCCAGGGGUCCAUAAAUCAGAGAGCGGUAAAGAGAUGCUAUUGUCACAAAGUAUAGGUCUUGGGCCUCUGCCACCAUCGCCACCCAGCUCAAAUCCUGAUUUAUUCGAUUACGAUGCGCCACUUCCACCCUCACCAGUAGAGCCUUCGAAAACAACAGAUCUAACGAGAUCUGCGUGUGUACUAACAACGACUUCGGCAGCAACGGGCAUUCGUGGAACCACAGUUGCCGAGGUGCAUGCCACAGCUUGCGGAGCAACGGUGCAUAGCAAUAGCCAAAAGAGACGCAGUAAUGAAAAUGUCACCGCAGUGCGUCAUUUCAACGAUGAGCUGCCACCACCACCGGCACCGUCUCAUCAAUCCACUGGCUUCCCUGAAGGAUUACCCGGACUAUCAGGACUUUCGAUAGCGCCAGCGGUGCCACCACAUCGAGCCGGCCAAUGUUCGGCCAAUAUGCUAAAAUCGCGAAGCAUUGACUCACAGUACCGCAAAAGAUCACCAAAGGUAUUUAGCUAUAGCAGCGGCAGCGGUAUUACCACACCAACGGGUGUAGGUCACCUGCCACCGUCACUUUCUCAGCCACCCAUGUGCACAGCAAGUUCGUGCGAGGGUGGGUCUGUCCCAGGUACGGGCUCUUACCAACGGAAGUAUAUUAACUAUAGUACCAAACGCAGCUUAAAACAGUCGCCUCGCGAGGAACAUCGUUUGCAAACAUCAUGCAGUCUUCCUGAAACGCCAAUAUUUUCCAGAGGCUGUGACAUUCCACGCACUCCAUAUCGACGACAAAAUGAUCCUGCUCCUGCUAGCGGGUCCCGUACGGCACCAAGGUCAAGCACAUCGAAUAGCAUUAGUAUGGGAAAUUCCAUUAUGGGAAUAGGAGCUGGAUCAUAUGGUACAUCCCAAAUAUGUCGACAACGUUCAAUGAACCACGCUUUAGCCUCCAAUGAAAUGCUCCGCAUGACUGGAGCUCCUGCGAGAGGCUGGUACCCCAAACAGCGUAGCAUGCGACCUGCCUCUACUGAAAAUAUUGAUCGCUUGGCCUCAGUUCGUGUCUGGGAUAAUCCGAUAGGCAUGUCCGGCACUGGACAAUCACGUAAGCCUCUUACUCUACCACCAAAUCUAACACCAUCGUUUUUAAAUAAAUCGCCUCGUGAAGCACUGCGACGUGUUACUAGUUUGCUGAUCACAAAAAAGAAGCAAAACAAGGAUCGGAAACACAAGGCCUAUAGCGAACAAGCAAUGGAUGAGAGCAAUAGCAAGCAUGCGUACGAAUUUGAAUCUGGUGAGAUUAUAUUCUCAACGCGAAUAGACACCAAAAAUCGUAAGGACACCGCAUCCGCAGUCGUCAAUGUCGGCACCACACCCAAAGCAAAAAAAAAGGGUUUGUUCAAAUCGCUUUGGAAGCGUGCGAGAACCGCAUCACUGGACCAAUAAUGCGAGAGAGAAAUAGACCGACCUUAAACUGUUAUUUAUAAUACCAAUUAUUGCUCGUUGGUUAUGAUUUUAUGAAUGCAUUUGUAUAUUAUGGGUAAUGAAUGUAUGUAUAUCUUUUUCGAAGGAUAUUAGAUAGACUCGAUUAUUUAUCGCAGAUUAUCUGAUCAGCUCUUCAUCGACUUUAUUUACACGUUUGACUUAUUCUUACACUCGUCACGCUAUUGGCCUCUUUAAGAUAACCAAAUCUUCAGAAUGAAUAAAAAUUAUAUAUAUGUAUAUUGGUCAUUUUAUGAGUAAAACUGAAUAUUUCAAAUGUACAAUGCCGUGAAUCGUAAAGACUGAAAUAAAGGAAAAAAUGUGAAAACGACAAGAGUCCACUAAUUCCCACAUCAUACUAAAUAACAUUAGUAAUAAAUAAAAAUAUAUGCAUUUGAAACGAAAAGAAUCACAGCAAAAUACAAUAAUAACAUAAUGAGCUGAAUGAAAAAUAUUACUACACAAUACUGAAUUUAUAUAUAUAUGUAUAUAUAUAUAAACUCUAAAGUCUGUCUUCAAGAGUGUAACUGAACCGUUUAGUGUUUCAUGGACCGUUUAUCAUUUUACACCAGUCACUCGAAAUUCAUGUAAUAUGUUAAGCUGCAUAAAUCAUAGUGUCCAAAAACAAUAACAGCCGAGACAACCUAUACCAAUUUUCUCUACAAGACCUAAACUCUCUACACCAGUCACUCGAAAUUCAUGUAAUAUGUUAAGCUGCAUAAAUCAUAGUGUCCAAAAACAAUAACAGCCGAGACAACCUAUACCAAUUUUCUCUACAAGACCUAAACUGAUAAAGGUGAGUUUUAUAUGUAGUUUUAUGAUAAUUAUAAGAAAUCAGUCUAAAAUAAUACAAUGAAUAGCUUAGUUGCUUUGUGAUCAACUUAAAAUUUUUUUUUUUCGUUUAAUAUCAUAAAGUCAAAAUCCAGCAAAUUUAAAGUUUGGCUGUAAAUACAAUACACCCUUUGGAAAAUGAUUUCAAGGCAUCACUUUAUUACGAUGCCAAACGACGGUAAUUUCAUAACUUCAAAAAUUAGAAUACACAAGCGCCCUCCACAUUUCAAUAAAUGUUUAAAAGAAAAAUUAAUAUAAAUGCUUACAUACACAAUUAAGAACUUAAGAUAUCGGGAAAACUGAACUAUCUCCAGCAGUAAGUAGUUCUGGCAAAAGUGAACUCAAAUCCAAGAAAGUGGAUAAUAAUAAUAUGUUCACUAUAUGGAAUAAAAUGAUACAUAUACAUAUGUGAUGGGAAUCAAGCAGCAGUAUAAAAAAAAUGAAUUGAUUAAUUAAAUUAAUUAAUGAUCCAAUUCAAAGUAGUAAUCAAAUAGUGGAUGCUGUUUCGUUAAUAAAAGCGGAAGUCAGUUUUCAGGUUGUCCUCGCGAAUCGGACUGUAUUUUUAAUUGUAUCAAUCAGAAGUACUGAAGAUAUAUUUCCCAUUUCAAAAAUCAUUUGUCGCCUUUAUGUUUUGCGUAGAGACACUGGUGUGCCAUAGCGGUACAUUACGAAAUUUCGUCGUAGUGUUUUGGUAGACAACCUUAUGAAUCAAAUAAAAAAUGUUGGCUAUUUCAAAAGGUAGUAGGUUCUAUUUGAAAUAUGUAUGUAUAUAUUUCUAUUGAUUACCAUAGAAUAUAAAACAUUUAGGGUCUAUUAAAGUAAGUAGCAUAAUUUCAGAUUUUUUGUUGAAAAAAAUGCAAGAAUCUGGUAAAAAAGAUUGCAGCAUCGUUUCCCACACCAUAUUUUUUAUUUUUAUUUUUAUUACUGAAGUGUAUAAUCAUUUACAUUAAAUUAAAUGGACAAUGUUUAAUGUACAUGUACAUGUACAUGUACACAUAUGUAUUCAUUUUCAAUAAUUUAAGUUUUUAUCUCGGUGGAACUAAAAGCGGCAAUACUUUAAUUUUAUUGAAACAUUAAUAUCGUUUUUAAUAAUAUAAAUGAACGUUUUGUAUUCAUUCUAUGUACAAUUCAUUAGUGGUUUAUGUCUCAGUGUGGUGCGAGUUACCCAAAAUACAAAUAAAAUAAAAAAAAAUUGCCUAUAAGAGCCUUUAUGCGCAAUAUCCAUCUUUCGAUCUUUCUAAACUCAGACUAACACAAAUUAAAUAAGUAAAACUGUAAACGUACCCUAGUCAUUUAAUAUUAAUAUUAUUUAGUAAUACGAAUUAUUAUUAAUCCUUUGAAUAAGGCAAUAAUACCAAAUUGUCAUUAUUUUAUAAACAUAAGGCCGCAAAACUAUCUGAUUAGUAUUAUUAUCGAUUUCAAAUAUAUUAGCUACAAAGCAAGUUGGUAUUUAUAAUGAUUGUAUGUACAAUUUUUGUACUAAUAUUAUUGAAAAUAUUUUUAGAAUAGUAGUCUGAAAAAUAAAAACUAUAUUCUAAAUAAAAGCUAAAAAUAAAACAA